AUCAUUUACCGGAAUGUAACUGCCUAACACUAACUCCGUGUAAAUGGUCUUUAACGGUCCCGUCAUUAUCGUAAUCUCCGCUCUCUUUUUCUUCUCUUUUUUCCACCUAACAUCCCUACCAGACCUAAAGAGAACUUGUAUUAGCACCGCCACCGGUUCCGCCGCAAACCGCCGCCAUAACCAUGUGUUUAUGAUGAAUUCAAGACUAAUAAGUUAUAGUAUGUUACCUGAAAAUAUAAUACUAUUUUUAUAAAUAAUAAUUAUAAAAUUGUUAACAAAUGUGGAGGACUUCGUUUAAUUUGCUGAGACACAGCGCCUCGGCGGCGACGGCGGCGGCACGGUGUAGGCCGGCGGCGCCGAAGACGACGAGGAGCAAGUGGCUAAGCGUGCGGUUGAAUGGGGAUGGAUACGAGGGGAUAAAAUUGAUCGGAGCGAGUUAUUGUAGCUCUGCGGCAGGAACGGAGGACGGGAAAGGGAAAGGGAUAUCGGCGGAGGAGGCGAAAAGGCUGUUGAGAUUGGUGAAUGUGGAGGCGUUGAAGAAUGAGCUAGGUAUGGAGAACAAGGAGGUGAUUGUGUACUCGGAGCUUCUAAGAGCGUGCGAGACCAUGGGCGUCGCUAAGUCCCGCGAUGAAGCGGUUGCGUUCUCUCGUGUUCUCGAUGAAGCCGGGGUCAUCUUGCUGUUCCGCGAUAAAGUUUAUCUUCAUCCUGAUAAGGUGGUUGAUCUGGUUAGGAAAGCAGUGCCCAUUGCGCUUUUACCGGAAGACGAUCCCUCCACGGAUGAACUGAAGACACUGCAGGAAAGGAAGGAGGAAAUCGAUAGGCUUGCACAUAGACAAGUGCGCCGCAUUUUGUGGGCAGGUCUGGGGGCUGCUGUUCUGCAGGUUGGGCUUUUCUUUCGUCUUACAUUCUGGGAAUUCUCGUGGGAUGUUAUGGAGCCAAUAGCGUUUUUCACUACAACAUCUGGGAUAGUCAUAGGCUAUGCAUACUUCCUGUUCACUUCAAGAGACCCAACAUACCAAGACAUCUUGAAGAGGCUCUUCCUUUCGAGAAGGAGGAAGCUCAUCAUGAAGAAGAAUUUUGACACCAAGAGGUUUGUGGAACUGCAGAAGAAAUGCAAGUUACCCCUGACUGGAUCAACCUCUAUUAAUCGUAAGAUUGGGGUGGAUUUGGAGCCGGAGGAAAUACUACAUGGCCAUUAGAACACAUUGGCUGUUUCCCUUUACUUUUAUACAUAAAUCUCUUGAUACUCUUUAUGUUAUCUCAAGCAUUAUAUCUUAAGCUCUCAUUUUCGCAGAGGGGAGUGAAACUGUUUGCUAUAAUUCCUGGCUUCUCAGAUUUCUGGAAUCCCUCUAUUGACAGAUGAAGAGUUUUAACUCUGGCCCUACAUUUGGGUAUAUUAACAUAAAAUCAUCCGGUUUAAUAUGCAAA